AUGGCACGUUCUAAAAAGAGCAUUUCAAAACGGUCUUCUGAAAAGGGCAAAAAGCGCGAAUCUGGCCCUCUCAAGCUCGGAGACAUUACACUCACUCGACACCAGCUGGAACACCUGAUCGCGGGUGUUGCCUCAGCUGAGCCUCCAGUCAAUAUCAAGUGGAAUCUUACAGAUGUCAAGGUCAACUACUCCAAAAUGGCCGCUCUCACGGGGAAAUCGAAAAAUGCUUGUUACAUGUCUUGGCAUCGUCUACUUGUGCAGAUACGACGCGUCCUUCCGGUGGAUGGCUCGGAGGGGGACGACAGCAAUGAUGAGAGCAAGAAUGAAGGCGAAGAGCUUUCCUCCCCUCUCAGCUGCAAAUCUGGCAAAGAUGGCCACCAUGACCAUCCAGCCCUGGAGGGUGGAAGUCUAUCCGAUCCUAUGAUUGUUUAG